AUGUGUAAUAUGUGCAGCAUCGGAAAGAAACAUGUGGCCAUCAUCUGUGCCGUGAUAGUGGCUGUGGGACUAAUCGUAGGACUUUCCGUGGGCCUGACCAAACCGUGUAACUCCUCGGCUGAUUCUGGGACAAGCCCAGCUCCGUCUUCUAGCCCAGCUCCGUCUUCUAGCCCAGCUCCGUCUUCUAGCCCAACUCCGUCUGCUAGCCCAGCUCCAUCUGCUAGCCCAACUCCGUCUGCUAGCCCUUCCGUUUCUCCACCGAUCCAGGAGGUGUGCCCUGCCAGUGAAGAUGGCAGCGGGGAGUGGAACAAUUUCAGGCUGCCGAACUUCAUUAACCCCGUACACUAUGACCUGGAGCUGAAGCCCCAGCUGGAGCAGGACACAUACACGGGCACCGUGAACAUCUCCAUCAACCUGACUCAGCCCAGCCGGCACCUGUGGCUGCACCUGCGGGAGACCAGGAUCACCCAGCUGCCGCAGCUGAGGAGGUCCUCUGGCGAGCAGGUGCAAGUCAGGCAGUGCUUUAAGUAUGAAACCCACGAAUAUCUGGUGAUCGAGGCAGCACAACAGCUUUCAGCCACCACGGACAAUACUUACUACGUCUUGACCUUGGAGUUCGCCGGCUGGCUCAAUGGCUCCCUCGUGGGGUUCUAUAGAACUACGUAUACGGAGAACGGCCAAACCAAGAGCAUAGCGGCUACUGAUCAUGAACCAACAGAUGCCAGGAAGUCCUUCCCCUGUUUCGAUGAGCCCAACAAAAAGGCAACUUAUACCAUAUCUAUCAUCCACCCCAAGGAAUAUAAAGCACUUUCAAAUAUGCCAGUAGCGAACCAAGUGGAAGUGGAUAGCAACUGGUAUCGAACAACUUUUGAGAAGUCUGUCCCCAUGAGCACUUACCUGGUGUGCUUUGCGGUACAUCAGUUCACGGCUGUACAGAGAACAUCAAAGAGAGGAAUACCUCUCAACAUUUAUGUCCAGCCAGAGCAAAAUCACACAGCUGAAUAUGCUGCAAAUGUGACCAAGAUUAUUUUUGAUUAUUUUGAGGAAUACUUUGGUGUGAAUUAUGCUCUUCCUAAAUUAGAUCAAAUUGCUAUUCCAGACUUCGGCACUGGUGCUAUGGAGAACUGGGGUCUCAUCACAUACAGGGAAACCAACUUGCUUUACGACCCAGACGAAUCAGCCUCAUCAAACCAACAAAGAGUGGCCACUGUGGUUUCCCACGAACUUGUACAUCAGUGGUUUGGAAAUAUUGUGACCAUGGACUGGUGGGAAGACUUGUGGCUAAAUGAAGGAUUUGCUUCUUUCUUUGAGUUCCUGGGAGUGGCCCAUGCAGAACCAGAUUGGCAGAUGCGUGACCAGAUACUGAAUGAAGAUGUCUUACCUGUACAAGAGGAUGAUUCUUUAAUGUCUUCACAUCCGAUUAUUGUCACUGUGUCCACGCCUGCUGAAAUAACAUCUGUUUUUGAUGGAAUAUCCUACAGCAAGGGAGCUUCCAUUCUGAGGAUGCUUGAAGAUUGGAUCACACCAGAGAAAUUUCAAGCAGGCUGUCAGAGGUACUUGGAAAAUUUCCAUUUUCAAAAUGCAAAAACUUCAGAUUUUUGGAAAGCCCUGGAGGAGGCGAGUGGUCUUCCAGUGGCAGAAGUAAUGAACACUUGGACCACACAGAUGGGCUACCCGGUGCUCAGCGUGAGUAACAGGAGCCAUAUCACACAACGCCGCUUCCUGUUGGACUCAAAUGCUGACCCUUCCCAGCCACCCUCAGAACUUGGUUACACAUGGAAUAUUCCUGUGAGAUGGACUCAGAACACUCUAUCAGAAAUUACAGUCUUCAAUAGAUCACAAAGUGCCGGAAUUAAUCUGAACAUUUCUGAUGAAAGUGCUUUUGCCAAAAUAAACCCAGAUCAUAUCGGAUUUUAUCGUGUAAAUUAUGAAGAAGAAACUUGGAACAAAAUAGCUGAGAAUCUUUCCUCAAGUUUCUUGGACUUCUCUUCUGCCGACCGUGCAAGUUUUAUUGAUGAUGCUUUUGCUUUGGCAAGAGCUCAACUUCUGAAUUACACCACGGCUCUGAACCUGACCAAGUAUCUCAGAGAAGAAACAGAUUAUAUACCGUGGCAAAGAGCCAUUGCAGCUGUAAACUAUAUCAUUAGCAUGUUUGAAGAUGAUACUGAAAUAUAUCCAAAGAUAGAGCGCUACUUCAGAGAUCAAAUCAAGCCCGUUGCUGAUGAUCUGGGAUGGAAUGACACCGGAAACCACCUCACAAAGUUACUGCGUGCCUCUGUGUUAGGAUUUGCAUGCAGAAUGGGAGAUGAAGAAGCCUUGAGAAAUGCUUCCCGGUUAUUUGAGGACUGGGUCAGUGGAGCAGUAAGUCUCCCCGUCAAUCUCAGACUUCUAGUGUAUCGCUAUGGGAUGUACAGCUCUGGCAACGAGACUUCAUGGAACUACACUCUUGACCAAUACCUAAGAACUCCCUUAGCCCAAGAAAAAGAAAAACUGCUCUAUGGCUUAGCCUCAGUGAAGAAUGUUACUCUGUUGUCAAGGUAUUUGGAUUUGCUCAAGGACCCAAACUUCAUUCGCUCUCAGGAUGUGUUUACAGUCAUCCGCUAUAUCUCCUAUAAUAGCUAUGGGAAGAGUAUGGCCUGGAAUUGGAUACAACUCAACUGGGACUAUCUGGUUAACAGAUUCACAAUCAAUGACAGAAACCUUGGCCGGAUCGUCACCAUAGCAGAGCCGUUCAACACUGAGCUGCGACUCUGGGAGAUGGAGAGCUUUUUUGCAAAAUACCCUGAAGCAGGAGCAGGAGAAACACCAAGGCAGCAAGUGCUGGAAACAGUGAAAAACAAUAUUGAGUGGGUCAGACUCAAUAGAAACACCAUCGACCGGUGGUUUUCUGAAGUCUCUGUGAAUGAAUAA